AUGACCGUCCGUUCAAAGUCUCUGUUUAUUAUACUCAAGAAUAAUUAUCAAAUGUCGACUGACUUAACGAUAUAUGUUAAUGUAAUCAGGACGAAAGUAUUCAAUGCAAAUAUUAGCACUGAAUAUGCAUAUAUUAACGUUUUCGUAGUAUCACUAUAACUUUGACCGUUGUUGGUUCAACUGUGUCUUAAGAAAUAAUUUCGAUAUUUACAAACAAGUUAUAAUAAAUAAAAUAAAUAUUAGGUAUAUUUAUGUAAAUUUAGAGAACAAUAUUAACAAAUAGAGGUUUAUAAUAAAAAUGGUAAAAGUGAGUGUAAAUGAAGGCAUUUUAGAGGGUACUCAUGAGAGAAAUGAAUAUGGUGGUUCUUUUUAUAGUUUCAAGGGAAUACCGUAUGCUGAGCCGCCAUUGGGAGACUUGAGGUUCAAGGCGCCAAAACCACCAAAACCAUGGACAGGCGUUCGAAGCGCAAAAGAUUUUGGUCCAAUCUGCUACCAAAUGAACCCUAUAACCAAAACUCCCUGGGGAAGCGAGGACUGUCUCUAUCUCAACAUUUUCACUCCAAAUAUAAAGCCAGAAAAACCUCUGCCAGUCAUGUUUUACAUCCACGGAGGAAGUUUUGCCAUCGGAGGCAGUAACGAUGACAUGUACGGACCAGAAUUCCUCGUUAGACAUGAUGUUGUCUUAGUCACAAUUAACUACAGACUGGAAGUCUUAGGUUUUCUUGGCCUUGAUUCUGAAGACGCGCCUGGCAAUGCUGGGAUGAAAGACCAAGUACAAGCUAUGAGAUGGGUCAGGAAAAAUAUUAGCGCUUUCGGAGGGGAUCCCGAAAAUAUCACCAUAUUUGGAAACAGCGCUGGUGGAGUAUGUGUGUCUUUUCAUUUGAUGUCCCCAAUGACUAAAGGACUGUUCCGCAGAGCGAUCAUGCAAAGCGGAACUUGCACUUGCUUCUGGUCGAUGCCGUUCGAACCACGAGAAGUAGUCUUAACUUUGGCAAGACAGUUGGGUUGCCAUUCAUCAGAUAACAAAGUAUUGUAUGAAUUCUUCAAAGUCCAACCAGUUGAUUCCCUGAUAAAUUUACAAAUACCAACAACAAUGGCGAUCAAAGCUAAGAAUUCUUCAGAAAUAUAUUUCGCAGUUGUAAGCGAGAAGAAUUUCGACAAUAUCGAAAGGUAUUGGAGUGGGAAUUCAUAUGACGGAAUCCGAGGAGGGAUACAUGAAGGAGUCGAAGUGAUGAACGGCUACGUUGAGGACGAAGGAAUAAUGACUGCUAUCAUGACUUGUAGAAACGACUUUACCGUAUUAAUGCCUAGAUUCAACCAAUUUCUAGAAGAAUACGUCCCUAGACCAAUCACUUGGCACUGUACGCUAGUAGACCAAUUCGAAGUUGGACGGAAAAUCAAACAGUUUUAUUUUCAGAACAAGAAAAUGACUUUUGAUGUUAUAAAUGAACUAGUAAGAAUGUUUUCAAUGGCUGCAAUGAUUUACGAUAUUAUUCAAUGGCAGAAAAUAUGCGCUGGAUCUAGUUCCAACAAGUUAUACUUUUACCGGUUUACUUGUAAAUCGGAGAGGAAUAUAAUGGCGAACAUGUUUGGGUUCUGGAAGAUAGUGGGGGACAAGAAGACGACAUGUCACGUGGACGACCUGGCGUAUCUGUUCCCGUGCAAGGGGCGGAUUAAGAGGACAGAGCCGGGGACUAAGACGUUCCAAAUGAUUGAUAAUGUUACUAAAUUGUGGACUAACUUUGCUAAAUUUGGAAACCCGACCCCGGAUGACAGCCUAGGAGUCAAGUGGUCACCAUUCACUUUGGACAAGCAAAACUACUUGGACAUUGGCGAGAAACUGCAACCAUGCGUCAAUCCUGAACCGGACCAUCUCCAGUUCUGGGAAGACCUUUACAAACGCUAUUUACCUCAGCGAUCGCAUAUAUGAAUGAUGAAAAUGUGAUAGAUAAACGUUUCCGCUAUCAGUCAAAUUAUAUAUAUCAUACAGAUAUCAGUGCAUUUUUUUUUUAAUAAAGAAAUUUAUUCAAUAAAUAAAAAGUUUCUAGUAUGUACA